AAUGUGAAGGACAUGUUAAAGCAAUCAACAGGAGAAUUAAUUGAGAAUAUUGAGUUCAUCAACUUAUUAUAUCGUCUUGGCAUUUCGUAUCAUUUUGAGGCUGAGAUUGAAGAGCAACUAAAUCAUAUUUUCAUUGCUCUUCCUAAUAUCAUUCAUGACAAUAACUAUGACCUCUAUACUUCAGCACUGCUAUUUCAAGUUCUGAGACAACAUGGAUAUAAAAUGCCAUGCGGUAAGCAAUCUAUCACGAUUUUUAUGCGUUUUAUAUGUAUAAUAAGUCAAGUUGUGAUAAACUUUAUUGAGCUCGAAUUUGACUUAUUAAAAUAUAUACUUGCGAUUAAUUUAUGCUUCAUCAGGUGGUGGAAAGACUUAAAUCUUGUUGAAAAGCUUCCUUAUGUAAGAGACAGAAUUGUGGAGGUAUAUAUUUGGGCAAUUGGAGCUCAUUUUGAGCCGCAAUAUGCUCUUGCUCGUGUGAUGAUAACCAAGUAUACAAAAAUGGUAUCAGUGGUAGAUGAUACAUAUGAUGCAUAUGGUACACUUGAUGAACUCCAACAGUUCACAAUCGCGGUUCAAAGGUGUAAUAUUGAUGCUAUUGAUCAGCUCCCAGAAUACAUGAAAGUUCUUUAUAGGGCUUUGUUGAAUCUUUUUGCUGAAACAGAAAAUGAUGAGACUGAAGGAAGAUCCCAGAGAACAGCUUAUGCUAAAGAAACUUUCAAGGAACUGGUGAGAGCAUACUUUGUAGAAGCAAAGUGGUUUAAUGAGGGUUAUGUGCCACCUUUCGAGGAAUACAUAAGCAAUGGAUUAGUGUCGAGCACUUAUAGUGUACUUCCAGCAGCUUCCUUUAUUGGAUUGGAAAAGGUUGUUGGAAGCAAAGAGUACGAAUGGGUAAAAGAAAAUCCUAAAAUUGUUAAUGCUUCCAAGUUAAUUUCCCGUCUGAUGGAUGACGUAACAACCCAUGAGCAUGAGCAAGAGAGAGAACACUGUGCUUCAGGUAUCGAAUGCUACAUGAAAGAGUAUGGUGUUUCACAAAAAGAGGCCAUUGAUGAGAUCCAGAAAAUGUGUGCAAAUGCUUGGAAGGAUAUCAACCAAGCAUGCAUGAAGCCAACUGAGGUAUCCACCACUCUUCUCAAGUAUUAUGUCAAUCUUGCACGUGUCGUUGAUUUUGUUUACAAGUAUUCGGAUUCCUACACCUACUCAACAAUUCUCAAAGAUGACAUCAAAGCAUUGUUCCUUGAGAAAUUGCCUAUGUAAUGAUGGAUUGAUUUAGUUUUAAGUGUGGAGGAUAGAUAUCAUAUAUAGAUUUCCUAAUAAAAUCAGAUUUUAUUUGGAGUCUGUUCAAUAAAAUAUUGUAAUAAAACGAUGUUGUAUCAAUAAAACAUUGUAAUAAGAUAUCUCCACUUUGGAUUUGUAUUAAAAUUAUUGUAAAAGAAGAACAGACGGUUGGUUUUGAUGAGUA